AUGAGUCUUGAAAAAACAUUCAAUAAAGCAACGCAUUAUUUACAGUUAUUGGCUUCAGAAUUAAAUUCUACAGAACUUUUAAAAUUUUAUGCUUUAUACAAGCAAGCUACAAUUGGGCCUUGUAAUAUUUCAAAACCUAAUUGGUAUCAAAUGCAAGCAAGACAAAAAUGGGAAGCAUGGAAAAGUCUUAAUGACAUGAGUUGUGAUGAUGCUAUGAAUAAUUAUAUACAAGAAUUAACUAAACUUAAUCCUAAUUGGGAAGAAAAUGUACAAUGUGAAUCUAGUAAUUGGGUUGCUAUUAGUCGGUUUAUAAAUAUGGAAGAUGAAAUAAAUGAUGUGGAUAAAACUUUUUUGGACUGGAUAAAAGAAGGACAAAUAGAAAAAGUACAAGAAUUAUUGGACAAAGAACCAAAUCUUAUAAAUAUAAUGGAUUCAGAAGGUUUAUUACCCAUUCAUUGGGCUGCAGAUAGAGGACAUUUGAAAAUUAUAGAACAAUUAAUUAAAAAAGGAGCUAGUAUAAAUUCACAAGAUGAAGAUGGACAAACACCAUUGCAUUAUGCAGCAUCAUGUGGACAUCUUGAUGUUGUAAAAUAUUUAAUUUCUAUUGGAGCUGAAUCUAUAAAAGAUAAUAAUGCUAAUCCUAAAGAUUAGUACUUUCAUGUUCUGAUUUAAUUCGUGCGGUGGGUGGAGGUGGAGGCGGUGGUUGUGGCCGUGGAGGCCUUUGAUGAAAUCUUGGAGAAGCCGGAACAGGUUGUGGAGGUGAAGUUUUAACAACUACUACCGUCUCAGUCUGAGUUUGCACAUCGAUAAUAUUUCCUUCUGAUCUUGUUCGCACAUGAGCUUUUGUUUGUUCUGGAGCAUUUAAUUUGGCUGGCUUUUCCGGUCGUUCACCAUACAAGGACAUAGAUGAAGGUCGACUACCUACACUGGGGCUUCUCUGUAAGUUCGAAGCCGCGUUGCCAUUGUUGUUGCCCGAGGUGCAGAACACAUUGCCAUUUCCACGCACUUGUAUUAUACUGACCUGUUGUUUGUCCACUGAAUAUACAUGAGCUCUUUCCAAAGUUAAAGGCUAUAGAUUAUUAAAAAGGAAAAAGAUAUUAAUAACUAUGAAAAAUCAUUAUGCAAUUUGACAUUUUAAAUAAAAGUAAUUAUUAACA